UAUUAAAAGUCCUACGUAACUCAUAUCAUUUUAAAUUUAAUAAUAGAUUUAUUACAUAUUUAAUUAAUGUUUGUUACUAGUUCUCUUUACUUUAUAUCAAUUGUUUUUUGCUUAAAAACAUAAAUACCUAUGGCUUUCAGACUGACAUGGAGGUACAAGAAGCAUUAGCUUCUUUGGACAUGUUGAUGUCUGAAUUUUUUGCAUCAGCUACAAGUAAUUAUAGGAAAAGGGAAAUUGAGAACAUGCUUGAAAAUUUUUCUAAUCGACAAGAUUCAUGGAAACAUUGUUUAUUGUUUCUACAAAAAUCACAGAAUCAGUAUGUUCUAAUGUUCACAUUAACCACAUUAGAGAAUAUUAUCAACCGGCAAUGGAUAAGUUUGUCUGACAAUGAAAAGUCAGAAAUACGGCUUACAUUAUGGAAUGAGUUGAUGGCAAGGCAUGAAGUAAUGUUAUACUUCAUAAGAAACAAAGUUGCAGCAUUGAUGGUGUCUAUUGCCCGCUAUGAUUGGCCACAUCUCUAUUCCGACUUUUUCAGUAAUAUUGUUGAGCUAAUUAAAUGUGAAGGUCGCCGUUGCCUUCUUGGCCUGGUGCUAGCACAGGCUGCUAGCGAGGAGCUAGGUGCAGCAAGGGAUACUGGUGUCUUGCUUCCCUCCGCUCGUCGCAACCAGCUGGAACGUCUAAUGCUCAAAGGCAUGCCUCAAAUGCUUUCCGCUCUAAGUGGUUAGUCUCUUUUUAUUAGUGUGUAUUAUAUAAUUUAUUUCCUAUCCUAAUUUAAUUCUAUAUGGUGAUUUAAAACAUUACAGCUAUACUGGAGAGAAAUGCUCAGAAGGAAGAGCAAUCUAAUCCUCCACCAUCUCCAACUAGCGGUAUUCCACAGACUUCUGCACUUCCUGAUUUGUUAGCAAAUGCACAUGAUGUUCACAAUGUCGAUAAGGCUCUCAAUAUGGAAAUAGUAGUUAAAUGUUUGACUACACUUCAGCAUUUGUUUUCUUGGCUGCCUUUGUCAUCUCAUGUGCCGCCAUCACUCGUGACUACAGUAUUUUAUUGGGGCAGUAUAGCAACACAAACGCAGGUAUUCAACUCAUUAUAUUAAAGGAGAUUAACCAAAUAUGGUUUUGAUUUGUAACGGAAUGAAUUUUGUUAGUUACAUUUAUAAAUAAUAACGUCGAUAGAAGUAAGAAAUGACAAGUUUUUUUGCAUUGGAAUCCUAUGACGGAGUAACUUGUAAAUCUUUAUUUUCAUUUAAAAAACCUUAUAAUAAACAUUUUGGAAAAAUAAACACGUUUUCUUUCCUUAAAAUUAAAUCAAAAUUUUAACUUUUUUAUACCGGCCAAAACGCUGGAGGCAUAUUCAUGACGUCAUAAUAUAAUAAUAAAUACACAAAAAAUCCAUAGAUUAGAAGAUUGGAAGAUGUCAAUAAAACAAGAACAAUGCCAUCUAACGAUCGAUGUAGAAAUAAAAUGUUAUAAUUAAGCUAAGAACAGCGCCAUCUAAGGAUUUUUUUUAUACUCUAAAUCUUGUCAGAUUCGUUGUCGUCACAGCGACGUCACACAAUGGCGAGUCGUGUUUCAAGUCACGUGACAAAUAGACAAAAAAUCACGACUUUUAAUUUUAAGAUAAUAAGAUAAUCGUGCGACAUAAGAUAAUCGACACUCAAAAUCAGAAUAUCUGUGUUUAUUACGAUGUACGUUUUAGUUUUUAUGCAAUUUCGUGACUUAUUUUUCACUACUGAAGUUACCCUAUAGAUAGAUAACUUGAAAAAUGACGCAAGUUACAUCGUGAUUGUAAUAAAUAGUAUAAUAUUAAAGAGAAGCUUGGUGACUAUC